GUCUUCCGUUAGAAGCUGAUAUAAAAAUCGAGUUUGGAGUAAGAAAAGGAAGUGUAUCAUUAGAAAAAUGUUGUUGUUGAGAAUCGUUGCUUUUGUUUGUGCAAUAAAAUGCACUAUCGGGCUUCGAUAUAUUAAAGUCGUAAACAAUAAUAAUUUUCCAAUUUGGAUCGAAUCAUUUUCAAACAAUGGACAGCCUCCAUUGAGAAAUAAUGAAGCUGUUUUAAUCAAUCCAAGCCAAGCAGAAAUAUUUAACAUUGAAGACUCAGGCUGGGCUGGACGACUGUGGGCCAAAUUUGGGUGCGAUGGCGACGGUACAAAUUGUGAAAUAGGUCAAUCAGUCGCUCCAUGUCCAUCAAACGGAUGCCAACCGCCAUCUGAUACCAAAGUUGAAUUCUUCUUCCCACCAAUUGGUGACCCAAAGGAUGCAUAUUAUGACAUCAGUUUGGUGGAUGGAUACUCUUUGGCCAGUGAAAUUAUACCAUACCAAAAUAAUCAACCAUUCCAAAAUGGCGCUUGUGCUCGAACUAACUGUCAACUCCAAUUGAACAGCUGUCCAACCAACGAAAUAAGUGGUUUGGCCGAUUUGACUGUAAAAGGUAAAAACAAUAAUAUAGUAUCCUGCUUGGCACCGUGUAAAAAAUGGAAUUAUCCGGCUCCUUACGGCAAUGCUAGAAAUGAACAAGAAGGGGAUGGACGCAUGCUUUGCUGCCCCGAAGGUGUUUUGCCAGAAGAUUGUAGAAAAGGACUUGUUACUCAAACUGAAUAUGUAAAACUUCUUCGUAACACUUGCCCGUCCGCAUACAGUUAUUCAUAUGAUGACGAAGGUGGACUACACAAUUGUCCAUCUGACACAAGUUAUGUUGUUAAUUUUUAUUCAACACCCGGCGCAAGUGGCGUUGGAUCAGUACCACACGAGGUAUCGUGUAUAAGCGCAGGUAAAUUACAAACGCCUAUAGGUAAAUUACUCUCGUUUUUACCACAAAAAGCAUCAGGCGGAGCUUCUAAAGCUGGAUCGGUCAAGCCACCAAAAAAGGCAUCAGACGGAGCUUCAAAAAAAGCUGGAUCAGUUUCGUCGGCACCAAAAAAGACAACAGGCAGUACGCGCUUAUAUCCGGACGAAUCUUAUUACGUAGAUGAACCCUAUCUCUUUGGUAUGCUUUCAAAAAAGAAGCUAAUGAAACCAAAUGACCAUGUUGUAAUGGCUGCCUUGCCUUUUACUGAUCCAACAACUGCAAUAGAAUCACAUAAAAAAGGUUCAAAAGCUAUGGUAGGUUUUGCUGCGGUCGCUAAAACUACUGGCGGUCAGGCAGGUAAAAUGAUUCAAAUAAAUAACUUGGCUGAUCUCAUCAAGUACGUCAACGACAGCGUUCCUCGGGUGUUGAUGAUCAAUAAAGACAUAAAAGCACCAAAACUUACCAAGGUUCUCAUGGGGUCGGAUAAAACUAUCAUCGGUUCGCCAAAAAACGUUAGGCUGUAUAAUAUUUAUCUCAGUGCCACCAAAAAGUCGAAAAAUAUCAUUUUUCAAAACUUGAUUUUUGAACAUUCGCCAAUCAACAAUGGCAAUGAUGAUAUUCAGUUAUAUCUGAACUAUGGUAAAGGAUAUUGGAUCGAUCAUUGCUCAUUCGUUGGGCAUGCAUGGUCUCUUGAUGAUGGCAGUAACGAUAAACUCCUUUAUAUUGGCGAAAAAGCUAGCCACGCUACUAUAAGUAAUUGUUUCUUCGGAAACCAUAAAUACGGGCCGACCUUUGGGUAUCUGGAGGAUAAUCUUAAAGUACAGGGUAAUGCUGAUACACAUGUAACCAUCUAUGAUAAUCAUUUUGAAAACGUGGAAAUUGGAGCACCCGGACAAAUGAGAUAUGGGCACUACCAUGUAUACAAUAACUAUAUUAACAAUUGUCAGGUGGGAUUUAAAGUUUCAAAGAACGCCGUAGUCGUUUCUGAAUAUAACUAUUUUAGUGUUAACACAAAAAAUAAUGGCAAUGGCAUGUUGGAUGAUAGAAAAGAUGGAAAGUUUAGUGAUACCGGUAGUGUCCCGACCAUACAUCAAAAAUGCCCGAAGUCUAAUUGGAGGGCAUCAAGCGCCUAUAAGUACAAAGCAGUUGAAAGGGCAAACCCUGGAAAAUUUCCUUUGGACAAAUUUCAACCAACAGAAGAAUUAGGUAUAUACGGAUACGGUAGACCUACACAGGGAUCCACACUGCCUCUACCAUCCAUGCAAUAUCCAGCUAUGGUUUCACCUUCCGCGCAAUCAUUGAAUCUUCCAAGUUCGCCAAGUUUACACUGAACAUUUUUAUAAGAAAUAUGAGCUUUUUAGAAUAAUAGAUCUACAUUAAAUAAUCUUCCAUAAAAAGGGCAUUAAAAUAGGUUGAACAAAAAUAAGGAGUAAAAUAUUAUGCUCUCUUUUCUGUUUGUUCUCUUUUGCGUGUUGCUGAAGAUGACAAAUAAAUUUUGUCGAAAUGCAUACAAAAGUUUUUUAGAAAUUCAUCAAAUAAAUUUCUUCAUAUUGUGAACUCAA